CAUAAUACGUCAGUCACAUGAUCCUUUCGUCAGUCUUUGGUGGCGUUGCACUGAACUAGAAAGUCCCUACACAGCCGUGAAAACGUCACUUAUUCCUCACUACUGGACUUUUUGGAAGCAGCAACAGAAUUUUGUCGCUUCGCAAUCAGCCGCCAAAGUCUUUUAACCGCUUCCCUCUGCUCUAGAUUUGCUGCUUAAGUCAGCAUCGGGACAGCUAGCUUACUAGCUUGGUUAGCUCAAGUUGUUUACUGUCGAGCUAAUUUUUCGACCGCAACUUGACCGGCAUAGACUUGGAGACAAACAUGAAGACCACCGGCGCUGUCCCGAUACGGUUCCUCACAUUUACCCUCCAUCUUAUUUUAUUGGUUGAAGCCGCAUUAGCCGUGCGCCAGAGUUUGACUACCGUGGCGCCGCCCACCACCGAACCGCACAAGAAUCCUGGCAAACCGGAGAGAGGGCAAUACCAGCUGACCGGCACAAAUGGCAGCGUGUGCUUGAUGGCGUGCAUGGGCCUCCAACUCAACAUCAGCUUCACCGCCUCUUCAAACAAGACGGUGCAGAAUGUGGUCAACCUGGAGCCCAAUGACACCAAGGCCUCUGGGUCAUGUCUCAAGAAUAACGCCACGCUGCAACUAUCUGCAGAUGCCAUUAAAACUAAUCUGACCUUUGUCUUCACUUUGAACGAGACAACCAGUAAAUACUUUGUGAGUGAAAUCUCUCUCUCAGCUGCCUGGCCGGACAUGAAAGAACCCUUUUCGGCACGUAACAGCAGCCUGCACUACCUCGGCGCAACGCUGGGCUACUCCUACAUGUGUCGUGAGGAGCAGACGCUCCCCGUGGUCAAGGAUUUGUCUAUCAACACCUUCCAGGUGCAGUUGCAGCCCUUUAACCUUACCCGGAACCAGUUUGCCACAGCCCAGCAGUGCCAGCUCGACCAAGAUGACAUGCUGAUAGCCAUCGUGGUCGGUAGUGCUCUGGCCGGCCUGGUCCUCAUCGUGCUGGUGGCUUACCUCAUCGGCAGGAGGAGGAGCCACGCCGGAUACCAGACCAUCUAAAGCGUGGUGGUCCGCAUGCCCCGCCCCUUGACCCAACCAGACCCCUCCCUCGCUGCUGUUAACCAAUGUCAGGUACUCCCUUGUGUGCUCCCCACUCAUGUCCUUCCUUUUCAUUGGGGAACACACAUUUUCUGAACUGACAUUCAUAAUCUUAUGAUAAUUAAAGGGAUGGUGAGGAAAUGUCUGAUUAGUAAGGGAAGAAUUCUCAUUUUGUUCUACUGAGUUUUGUAAAGGGAAUCAUGGGAUUUCAGGGCAAAUUGGAGUGGUUUUGUUUAUUUAAAAGACAAUAACCAGUGUUUAUUACGCUAAAGACACUUUUAAGGAGUUUUCCAUGUAGUGUUAUUUAAAUAGAAUCAUGUCUCAUGCUAGGUACCCCUAUGUUGGCGGCUUGUUUACUCAUGAAUGUGAAGUCUCAGGAAUGGCCAAUGGCUAGGGUGUUGUUCUGUUACACAUGCGCACUAAUGGGCAAAGGGCUGGUAUGAAAAAAGUAGAUAAUCAAUGCUAAAAUUGAAUUGGUGGAUUUAAAAGGCUGUUUAAUAACAGGACACCACUCUGGUAUUAAUAGCAUGCUAAAAUUAGCAUAUUUUGAUUGAAAUUUUGUUGAUUUAAGCGCGCUUUGUCUCAUAUAAAAUGGAAUUCCUGAAGGGUCCUUCUUUAGAUCCCUUUUGAUGAACAAUAUUGACAACAACACUAAGGUUAGCAAAACACGUUUUGAACGUUAAAAAUAUAUAUGAACCAAAAAUGGGAGGCACACUAGAUUGAAACAAGAGAGUUAUCGUGACAAAUGUACAAAAUUUAUAAUGGGAAAAAUCCCCAUAGUAGUGGGAUUUGUGCUAUCCUGACCUUAGUCUGGUAGUCAAUAUUUACAUAUACCUGGUUAUUGAACUUUUCGAAAUGAGGCUAAUUGAGUUUUUUAGUAAUCAUAUUAGACAAAAUUUAACUAAUCAUGGGAUUUUUUUCUUAAUUCAACUACAGAAUGGGUUUGACUACUGCACUAAGGUUAGCCUAGCUUAACAUAGGAUAACAGCUUGUUAGCAUGAGUAGAUGUUACAUACUUGUCCACUGUGAUACUCCCUUAGUAAAAAAUCCAAGAGGCCAAAAUGCUUGCAUCAGUGUUUUUCUUAUCAGUGCCUUCCCUGCUGCAACAUACAAAGUAUUGUUAAGAAAUACAGAGGUACCUGCGCUGUGCUUUUGUUCUCGCAUUUUUUCUUGUAAAAAGCUGUAUGUAAAACAUACAUCAAUAACGUGUCAUUUUGCGGUUGUUCUCGUGUACCCUUUUUUUCCUCAUCUGAUGCCUUGUUUGGUGAUUUACUUUUUGUGUUUGUAGGUUUUAACCGAUUGUUUUGAGAUGUUUUCUAAAGGACUGUCAAUAAAAGUGAUUUGAAAGUUG